UGUUAACAGUGACCUCGAGAGACAAAAAAAAAAAAAGAAAAAAAAAAAAAAGCGGCGCAUCAUCGCCGGGCUGUGGUUUUGCCACGACGGUUAUGAAUUCCGAUUGGUCCACGUCAUGAACCGUAGGGUUGGCCGAUCGAUCGGAAUAUGAAUAGGGGUUGUUGAAUUUGAUUUGAGUAAUCGAAUCGUCGAUGAAGAAGUGCCCAAACAAUAAAAACCAUAAAAAUGGAUCACUACAAGGUAUUGGGAUUGAGUAGGAACGCCAGCAAUGACGAAAUCAAGCAAGCCUUUCGGAGAUUGGCGGUGGAGCUUCACCCUGACAAGCAUUCAAAUUCCCCCAACUCCGUCAGAGACUCCGCCACACUCCGUUUCAAGCAUGUCUCCGAGGCCUAUCAGGUCCUCUCCGAUCGCCGGAAGCGCGCCGACUACGAUUUCCGAUUCCGCUCCGGUAAUAGUUUCUCCGCCGGAAGCAGACCUAAUUACGGUUACGGUUACGGUUAUGGCAAUUACAAUCACGGCAACUACCACAAAAACAACAACUAUGGCGGUGGACAACGAUAUUAUAAACCUUCUUCUUCCUCUUCGGCCAGUUUCGAUGGCUUGGUUUAUAGGUUUGAGAUUUUCCUUCGCUUUCUCACCACGAGAACUUUCAUUCUCAAUGCCGCCUUCGCUAGAUACUCAUGCAGUGCUUUAUUAGGUGGAAUGUUUAUUGUUGAUACGAGCAAGGAAGCAAUAUGGAAGAUGCAUAAUUCUGGGAAAUCAUUUGAAGAAGCUAUGGAAUCCAUUGAGAAAGCCAAAGCACAUAAAGAUAAGAUGUAAAAAUGGCUUUCAGUUAUGCUUCUUUUUCGCCUCCUAUGUAUCAUUAGAAGUUUGGUAAUUCAGUCGGAUCACAACAUAAAAAGGUUAGAACUUGUGUGUGUGGGACAGUAGAAGCCGAAAUAAAUUAUUUUGGAAAUGUUAUAUAUGAUCUAUGUAUAUAAUCUUUAUAUGCUUGAUUUUUAUUCUUUUCCCAUUGUACCCCUUCAUAGAGAAACUAUUAUUUUGUGAUACCUAAUGUAAAAUAUGAAAUAUGUAAGGCCACAAUUUUUGUAAGGUAUACUUUUAUUCCUGAUAAUGUAAAGAAGACGGAUCCAUGCAAAUAGAUUACAACAUCUUGUUCA